CCAUCUGAAAACCCUCUCUCUCUCUUCCACACAUUGUCUCUCAUCUCAUCAUCUCCGCCAUUAUCGUUUUUCUCCGACAUAAUCUACCCACACACAUCACUCAUCCAUCAACCUUCUUUUUUUUUCUGAUUUUCACUAACAUGUGGCGAACUCCGGCGAUCGAUCUUCUGCGACGGGUGGCGCGGCCCGCCACUGCUCUCCGUGGACCUGCGUACAGGUUGAUCAGUGGUGGCGGUGGCGGAGAUGCGAAAGCGAUGAGCCAUGCGGAGGCGAAGCGGCUGAUGCGGCUGGCGAAUGUAGAGGCGCUCAAGGAGAAGCUGGGGAAAGAAGACAGGGAAGUUAUACCCUACGACGAGCUCCUCAAAGUCUGCCGCACCAUGGGCGUCGCCAGCACCACCGACGACGCCGCCGCCUUCGCUCGGGUGCUCGACGACGCCGGCGUCGUCCUGCUCUUCCGCGAUAAAGUUUACCUCCAUCCUGAUAAGGUGGUUGAUCUGGUGAGGAAGGCAGUGCCUCUAGCCAUGGUAGCGGAGGAGGAGGCGGAAGCGUGGAAGGCGGAGCUCCAGAAGCUGCAAGAAAAGAAAGAAGAGAUCGACAUGGCUGCACACAAGCAGGUGCGGCGCAUACUGUGGACAGGCUUGGGGCUGGCUGUGGUGCAGGUUGGCCUCUUCUUCCGCCUCACCUUCUGGGAGUUCUCGUGGGACGUCAUGGAGCCCAUCGCCUUCUUCACCACCUCAGCAGGUAUCGUCAUAGGCUACGCCUACUUCAUGUUCACUUCCAGAGACCCCAGCUACCAGGACCUGCUCAUGAGGCUCUUCCUCUCCAGGCAGAGGAAGCUCAUCAAGACCCACAACUUCGACAUUGUGAGGUUUGUCCAGCUGCAGAAGCACUGCAGGACGCCUCAGUAUACAUGUGCAUCCGUCAAGAGGCGGAUUGGCAUCGACGUUGAUCCAGAUGAUCUUCUGCCUGGCCAUUCUAACCAAAACUAACACCUAUACUUUCCUUCUUUUUUGUUGUAGGGCCACAAAAGUAAUUUUCAUAUGCAGUUUCUGAUUCAACUGUAUCAUUCUUCAAGGAUAUCCAAUAACACCAUCUUAGAUUAAUUCA